AUGACAGAAAAUAUUCUUGACAAUCCAACGUCUACUUAUCGAAAUGAAUCAAAAACAAAUAAUCAUAAACAAAAUCAAAAUCGGUCAGUAUUGGCCAAUAUUGAAUUAUUAUCUAAUAGUAAUAAUAACAAUAACAACAAUACUGUUUUAUCAACCGAAACAACAUCAAAUGAUACGGCCACGUUUUUAGAAAAUAUGAGCUCUCCAGAAACAUUGAAAUUAAUUUCUGGUUUGCUUCAAAAUAAAAAACAUUUAUUAAAACGAAUAUUGGACAAAGAGGAUAAUGAUUUUACCACAAAACGAUCAAGAAAUAAUGAAAAUGAAGAAAUAACAUUACCAUUUUUCGACAUGCAUUUAAGUGGAUCACUUUCAUCAACACCUGCUCGAACGGAAUCGAACACUAUCAUCGUUAUCGAUGAAUUAUUAAUUAAAGACAAUUGGUUUGCAACAAAAACAGGGAAUUGUAAUAUGAAUCUUCUACCAGGAUUUUUGAAGGCAUUUCCGAAAAAUAAUCCACAAGAUCAACUUGAUUUUGCUCGUUUAUUAGCAAAAUAUAAAAUACAUUAUAAUGACUAUGAAGAAUCAUUUAAGAAAAAUAAGAUCGAUACUUUUCCUCGUACACUUACUGCUGCUGAUGUCAAACACAAAACAUGGUUAUUUUCAUAUGUGUUAGCUGAUUAUGUUGAAAAAAAUAAUUUUCUUCACGAACGAAUAGUACUUGAUCCAUCGGCAAUCAUUCAAGAAAAUAAUACUUCACCUAUGAAUAUGAAACGUAAUCGAAAAUCAAAACAACGUUAUUCACCAUAG